AUGCUGCUAUUUGUAAAGCUUCUCGUCGCAUUAACAUCUCUGGUAUCGUAUGCCGCGUCCACAGUGUCGAGCAAUGACCCUGUUGUUAUUGAGCUUUUUCCAGAGGUGUCACUUUCAUCUCAGACCGUCCAGUACGGCAUCCCACGGCUCUUCCGUAUCGUAGACCUUGAACCUGCCACCGUCUACGACAUCAAAGUAUCGUAUCCAGCGACCCAGCCAUCGCGUUUUAUGUUGCAAGUGGAGCGAGUGCGACUUCGAACCAGUGACAAUAUUGACGUUACAAACGCAAAUAUUGUCCAAAAUAUUGCAACAAGUCAGCCAAUCCCACAUCGGAUACUAAACACCGUAAAACUUCGUCUAUAUCCGAAUGAAGCAGAGCUCCACAAGUCGUCUAUGCGGUAUCGUUUGAAAUCGUCCGAAACAGCGGUUGAGGUGGAAUUUUCACUUUUCGUGCAAGUCGAAGGCGUGCGACAUCCCGAGUCAAAGAUGAAGACGGAAAAGUGUGUCUUUGAUAUUGUGGUUGAGAAAGUCCUGUUUGAAGCUUUUCCAAAGACGACAUUAUGGUUAAUUGGAUGGUUACUACUACUACUUUUUACAGAGUCGAGUUGA